CUUGGGGCAGCUGCGGACGGGGCGAUGGCGGCGCUGGAGUCGGAGCCGGGCCUGUCGGGGCUGGAGGAGGAGCUCACCUGCUCCAUCUGCCUCUGCAUCUUCAGCAGCCCCGUGACGGUGCCCUGCGGGCACAACUUCUGCGCCUCCUGCCUGGAGCUCACCUGGGCCGGGCUCUCGGGGGGCUUCAGCUGCCCGCAGUGCCGGGCCACCUUCGCGGGCCGCCCGCAGCUGCAGAAGAACACGGUGCUGUGCCGGGUGGUGGAGCAGCUCCAGGGCCGCUCCGGGGCCAAGGGCGAGGAAGAGGAGGAGAAUGAGGAUGGGGAUGGGGAGGCGGGGGGGUGCUGGGCCGCGGAGCCCCCCGUGCUCUGCGACAGCUGCCGGGAGGCGGCGGCCGUGCAGACCUGCCUGACGUGCACCGCGUCCUUCUGCGCCGAGCACCUGCGGCCGCACCGCGACAGCCCCGCCUUCCGCGACCACCAGCUCUGCCCCACCGUGCGCGACCUGCAGCAGCGCAAGUGCCCCCAGCACAACCGGCUCUUCGAGUUCUUCUGCGGCAAGCACGGCGUCUGCAUCUGCUCCCUCUGCCUGCUCGGGCACAAGCUGUGCCCCACCAGCCCCUUGGAGCAGGCAAAAGCCUCUGCCCAGUCGCUGCUGAAGAAAAAACUUGCGGAGCUGCAUAACCAGAGUGAAAGAACUGCCCGGGCAAUGAGCACGGUGAAAACAAAACAGAACCAAUCUGCUGAGACAGCUUCAAGAAAGAAGGAAUUGAUCAGAAAGGAGUUUUCAGAAGUUAAAGCUGUAAUUGAAGAAAGAGAAAAUGAGAUCAUGAAAGCAAUUACAGAGGAAGAAAAGAGAGUUUGGAAUAAGUUUGAUUAUAUUUACGGUGUUCUGGGAAAUAAGAAGAACGAAAUUCAGUCUCUCAAAGAUCAGAUUGAGAUGGCACUGACUGAAAGUGAUGAUAUUCUCUUUUUGAAGAGAGCAACAGCACUGCAACGAACAUCAACAAAAGAGGCUUUUGUUCCUGUAGUUGAAAUGGACCAAAAUGUUGUGCAUUCCACUUACCAGUCUGCCAUUACCCUCAAAGACAUAGUGAAGCUUUCAGUAAUUCAGAGUCGGGAGAAAAAAGAAGAAGCCAAACCUCUGAAAAUUCAGGUCCUUCCAGCAGCUCAUCCAAACAAAGCCACUGUUGGAAAGAAGCCUCCCGGACCACACCAGACCCGCAAAGAGAAAACUGUUCCCCAGGCUCAAGUCCCUUCACAGGGGGAGACAGAUACCACCAAAGAGAAAAAGAAAGCUGCUAAAGUUGCACUACCUGCCACACCAAGUGCCCCAGCUGCUGCUGCUGCUGCCAAAGAGCUGAUGGACAGCUUCCUGAAGAAACCCAGAGAGGAGCUCCUGCAGUACGCUGCCAACAUCACCCUGGAUUACAACACGGCCCACAACACGGUGGUUCUGGCUGACAACUACACCAGGAUGUCCAUCUCAGACACCUUCCCAGGGCACAGGCAGCACCCCCAGCGCUUCACCGACUACCGCCAGGUGCUGGGCUUCCAGUGCUUCAAGCGGGGAAUCCACUACUGGGAGGUGGAGCUGCAGCCCAGCAGCUUCUGCGGGCUGGGCGUGUGCUACGGCAGCAUGGAGCGCCAGGGCCCCCAGAGCCGCCUGGGCAGGAACUGCCGCUCCUGGUGCAUCGAGUGGCUCAACUCCAGGCUCUCCUCCUGGCACAACGACGUGGAGAAGUGCCUGCCCAACACAAAGGCCACCAAGAUCGGGGUGCUGCUCCACUGCGAUGGCGGCUUCCUCAUUUUCAUGGCCGUGGGGGAGAAGAAUAGCCUGAUCUAUAAAUUCAAAGCCCAGUUCACUGAAGCCCUGUACCCAGCCUUCUGGCUGUUCUCCAGUGAUGCUGUUCUCUCUCUCUGUCACAUGAAAGCGUAAGGCCUGGUAUCUCAGUUUAGUUCAUUUACAGCACAGAUAAUCUGUUUCAAAGAUUGAUUGUUUGAUGCAGAAAUUAUCAUCUCCUUUAAGCAGUUUAGAAAAUCUGCCAGUUCUUUGGUCUGAAUUGCUAAAGCCUUUAGAUAGUGAUUUAGCAAAAUGUUGGUGAUGGUACAAACUACAAGGGUUUGCAAAGGUCUUGAUUGCCCUGAAAUCAAAGUUAGAUGCAAAUCCUUGUUAAAUGUCUUCAGGGGCGCCGGUGGCUUCUGUGGUUUCCUGUAAAGGAGCAACAGCGUUAAUGUGUUCAUGGGUAACAAUGGCCCCUUUGAGAAAGAAACAGGAAGAAUUCUUUCAAGCUUUGAGGGAGGUCUCUGUUGCCUUUUGGCCUGUGCACAGACUGUUGUCCAUACAGGUGUUCUCAGUGUAGCACCUCACCAGAUGCUACAGAAAGAGCUGUUGAAAUCCCUAAGUUCAGGCUGUAAGUUAAAAAAGCCACUAUGACAAAUCUCAUCAGAGUGGAACUGCAGAGACUUCUAGAAUUGACGGGAAAUAAAUGGUAUUAGAAUCACCAGGCAACAAAUGACAUCAGCCCAGACACUGGGAAUACAGCAGAGAGUUGUCAGGAAGACAUUCUGCAGAGCAGUGGUGUGCAUCCUGUGGUGAAGUUGUGGGAUGAAGCAUUCUGUGUCAUCUUCUGACCCAGAACAUGCUUCACGUCUUCACUGAAGGCUCUUCAGUGCUGGGUUUGUGUGUGUGCUGAGGAGUUCAGGGGAUGCAUUCCUGCUCUCAGGCUCUCCUGCUCUAAUGGUUUUCCUCUUUAUGAGCUGGGAUAUUCUCUGCUGGAUAUCUUUAGCUCAAAGCAGGGUCUCCUGUCAUAAAGCUUUUCCUCUUUGUGAGGUGGGAUAUUCUCUGCUGGUUAUCUUUAGCUUAAAGCAGGGUCUCCUGUCAUAAAGCUUUUCCUCUUUAUGAGCUGGGAUAUUCUCUGCUGGUGCAUCUUUUGUUGCUCAGGUGGUAGAAACUGAAUUUCCUGCAUAUUUCUGGGACUCCAGUUUGAAGAGUCUCAAGACAGAGUGCAAUACUUGGAAAAUGCUGGUUCCUCUCUGCUGGUUCCUCUCUGCAUGAAGCUGUGGGCAGACAGGGUGAGUCUUUUGACAUAAAGGGAAUUAGAACAAAGGAGAAUAUACAUCCAUUCUUCCUGGGAUGGAUUUUUAAUUCUCCUGGUGUUCUUUGGGUUGUGGUAUGUCUUCAGCAGUUCUCACCAGGUACAGAGAAAUCUGUACUUCUUCCUCACAACUUUAAAACAGUCUGUAGGCAAUCAAGGUGUUUGGAUCUCAUAGGGCCUGUACCUUGUUGGUGCCUCUGGACUUUUGUGCCAGCUUUUAUUUCUUGUAGCCCAUGGGAAGCUCACACGAGAGCCUUCCUGGACUUGGAUUUCUAAAGCUGCCCUUACAGGACUUGGUGAAAUAGAACACAAAGCCACUGCUGGCAGUUUGGCAGGGAAUUGUUAGAAGGCUUAAAAGAGCCUCUGUGACUACACUCCACAUUAGCCAAAGUGCUUUGGAGAGAGGCUUUCAGGAAUUCAGGCUUGGUGCCUAUUUUUACUUGGUUUGUAAGCUCUUAGUACUUUGUCAAGGAUAGCACAAGUCUCAUUUCUUCCAGUUUUUUGGUCAGGAUAGGAUAUGGAAUGGAUGGUGGAUCUGAAAGUGCCAUGGCUGUCUUUGGAGCAGUUCUGCCCUCUGAAGGGUCUCCCCUUUCCAAAGCACAGUCAGCACUGAAACUCCCGGCCUGAGCAGAAUGCUGCAAAAGGUGCAGAAGGAGGCUGUGUCCUGCUGGGAGCCAGGAAUGGGUGACAGACUGGGUUUUCUGCCCUUCCAGUUUUUCAGCAGUGAAAGAUGAGAGCAGCUCCCUCUGAGAAAUCCUUUUGCUCCUGGGCUGUGCACAGAGCUGCAGAUGCACCCAGCAGGUGCUGAGGGAGUUCUGCCCCCUUGGCUGCGGGCACACACGGCUCCAGCAGUCUGUGCAGUGGAGAAAGUCCCCAUCCUCUGUUCCCUGCUGCUUGGCUUUACAGAGGUGUCAGUGCUGGCCUGAGCCUGUGGCCAUGUCUGGAGGGACACCCAGACAAAGCAAAGAGCAGCAGCUUCUGUUCUGCCUCGUUGGACAGAGUGGGAUCCUUGGCAUGGGGCGCUGGUGUAGGACCGAGCAUGUGGAACACAUGAGGGUCCUGCAUGACCAGGAGUGAAACAAACCUUCACUGGGCCCCUGAUCCUCUGUUCUCUUUCUUUUGUGCUAUCAAUGAGUAGAAGUCAUAGAGUGAAGUUCUGUUAAUUUGGAAUUCACAGAAUCGCAGAAUGUUCUGAGUUGGAAGGGAUUCACAAGGAUCCCUGAGUCCAGCUCUUGAGUGAAUGAUCCAUGUGGGGAUGGAAUUGGGGACCUUGGCAUUACUGGGACCAAUCUCUGGGCAUCUGAGAAAUCCUUUGGUUAGCUUCAGGUCUCUUGCAUAUUUUGGAACAUUAGUGUGAUAUAACUUUAAUAACUAGUAAUAAAUAUUAGUGUGUUUAGGAGAAAAACUAGUUACUGCAUGAUAAAUGACCAUUUUAAAGCCUUUCCAACACAACUGAAGUGGUUUUACUGGGGCACUACCUGUAAGAGCUGCACUGGUUUUAAACAAGGCAUAUAUAGGAGCAUAUAUUUAAAUUUUAAUUCUCUUUUUAGUAUUAAAAUUAAAGCAACUUAGUCUAGAAAAAGAACUAAUUCUGGUGUUAACACCAUGAGAAUGUGCAUUGAUUUGCAUUUUAAUAUACAAAUUAGAGUAAAUAAAAAAAAAACCAGUUGCUGAAUGAAAAUAAAUGAAUAUUUAAUCUUUUCUUCAAUUAAAGACACCAGUAAAACAGUGUAUUUAGAAAAGAUAUGCAGUUGUAAACCUGUUGAUUGUACUGAUAUAUCAGCCCUGUAAUUCAGUCUGUAUAAGGUGAGUUAUUGUUUGUAGCUGUGCCAGCCACACACAGGCAGGGCCCCCUCCAUGGAUUUUGUGCCACCUGGUCCCUGUGCCCACUCCAGGGCUGGCUGGUGGCUUGAAUUCAAUAAAAACUCACAGUGAACCCUAACUCUG